AUGGCGCGUCAGGCAGAUGAGGCCGCGUUGUCGAAAGAAGCCCCUCGGGCGGCCGAGUUCCCCACUCCGGGUUGGCGAGAGGAGCCAGUAAAUGUGGUGCAGGACGGCCUUCGGAUUGUAGGAGCGCCGAGGGCGUCGACUGUGCACCGGGUCCCGUCGCAAAGCUUGCAACGGCCCCACUCAACUACACCCAACCCAUUACCUCAUUGGUCGCCACCCCACACACACACACACACACAUACACACCUCGGACACCCUAAAUGCAGCCAGCCAGCCUCCACGGUCGUCAGGUGA